GCGGUCAAUGCUAAGCAAAUCACCAGUCUAAAGUUGUUGAACGACAUACCUGCAUGGUUGAAGACUUUGAGAUUGCACAAAUAUACAGCAGCACUAGAUGGUAUUCCCUGGAAGGAGCUCAUCUAUCUCAGCGAUGAACAACUGGAACAACGUGGUGUUACUGCCAUGGGUGCUCGUGGUAAAUUGCUGAAGGCAUUUGAUGUUGUUAAACAACACUACGAAGAUGGUCUCAUUGAA